AUGCACCCGUCGGCGGUUUUAGCAUCCCUGCUGUGCCUUGCGACAACACAGUUUGCGGUCCCGGUCGAGGCGAUCAAGGCGACGAGUCUGAAACUGCGAUCGAAUCCGAAUGUCGAUUUGAAGUUGACUAAGAGGGAUUAUAUUACGACGACGUUUCGGCCGAAUAACGAGACCGUUUUUGGUUUCUAUGUUGACGUGCUUGUCGGAACGCCGCCGCAAUUCCUCUCCUUAGCGUUCAGCACUAGUUCGACAACAUGGCUUCCGUCGCCCAGGAACUCGAACGCUACAAAAUUUUGCGAGGAUAACGCCACAGGGAACACAUUCUGGUCUUGUUAUUAUAACAGCUUUUACCAACCCAACAGGUCGUCGACGUAUAACUCCAAGCGUGGAAGGUUGGAUAAUAAUUAUGGUACUGGUUUAUUCGCUACCGGAACAUGGGGCUCCGAUGUCUUCAAAAUCAACCAGCUCACGAUUCCAGAUGUCUCCUUCGGUCUCGCUACCAACUUCACAAGUGCUGCUGAACUCGGUCUAGGCGUUGAUUUCAGCCGUACUUUUUCUCCUUAUCCAUCGCUCCCGGAGAUUAUGGCCACGGAAGGCGCUAUAAAUCUAAUACUUUACAGUAUCUAUAUCAAUGACAUUCGAAACGACGGAGGGGAAAUAUUUUUCGGUGCGGUCGAUGAAGCUAAAUAUGAAGGGAAUCUCGCGACUUUCGAAAGUAAUACUGUCGGAAGAGUUAAUAUCAAGGGGGUUUAUUGGAUUGAUCCUGAUGGGGCGAAUUCUACUCUCGCGGAUUCUUCGGAUAUAUUUGCUAAGGAUGUGGCGGAGAUUCAACUUGGAACCCCUUCCUUAUGGGUACCUAAUAGUGUUUAUCGGGGUAUCAUAAAUGCCAUUCCGGCGUUGACAUAUUCGACCGCCUAUGAGGCCUAUACCGUUGAUUGCACUGUAGCAGAUUCCGAACUUGGAAGUCUUCAGUUUGAUCUUGGCGAUACGAUUAUUUCAGUGUCUGCAAGGCAAAUUCUAGUAGAAUAUCCGACUGGAAGUGGGACUUGCAUAUUCACACUCUAUCAAAGCUCGAAAUCAAGAGCAACCAGUCCAGAUUUCUUACUCGGAACGCCAUUCCUACGAUCUGCAUUCACGGUUUUCGACUAUACCAACAAUCGAACUUCUGUCGCACAGUCCGUAGCUAACUCGACUUCGUCAACCUUGCGCGAAGUUCCCGAAGGCGGCAUUGUAGCCAUGGGUCAACGGUCUGGUGACCCAUCCUCAGGAACUCCCACAAAUACACCAACAUCAACGAGUUCAAACGGACCCAAUGUAUCAGGAUCUGAUGACCCCUCUGUCUCAGUCAUCCCAGCCGGGAACGACGAUCCAGGGACUCCGAUUGCAGCAAUAGUAGGUGGUUCACUGGGUGGCGCCGCAGCUCUCAUAAUAGCCGGUGUCCUCAUUUGGCUGUUCGUCACAAGGAAGAAGAAAACCGUGGAACCCGACAUGCCUUUCCCGCCGGCUCAAAAUUUCCCACCGGCUCAAAAUUUCCCACCGCCGCCACCAGGACCUCACGAUGUGGGACCUACGGAACCGAAUUUUACGGGAUAUAAACCUGAAAUGACUACUACUGCUACUGCACAGCACACAUACGGCGCAGUACCACUUUCACAACCGCCUUCAGCUACAAUAACAUCGCCACCGACGAGCUUUCAUGAUAAUUGGGGUCGUCCUGGGUUUGGAGCCGCGGGUCAGUCGAUGAGUAACCCGAGACCACCGAGCACGGUUAGUGGGAAUUCAGUGGAGGGUUAUUCGCAGGAUCUAUCUAGUUAUGGAGGAAACCCGGGACAACUUCCUGGCAGCCAAAAUCCGAAUGGUCUGCCAUCACCGCCAUUAAAUGCUACCGGUGUUUAUGGAAGUUAUGGAUAUAGUGGAUAUAACCAGUAUUAG